AUGGAGAAGUUCACUAUCAGAACGCCGUGUUCGUCGGCGAACAUCGGCCCCGGAUUCGAUGUGAUCGGUCUAGCUCUGUCGAUCUACCUCGAGCUUGAGGUCACCAUUGACCGGUCAAAGACAUCUUCACAAGAGCCAUUGAACUGCCGAAUCACGUACGAGGGACAAGGUGAGGACUCUGGGGAAGUUCCUCUGGACCCCUCGGCCAACCUCAUUACCCGCGUCGCGCUUUACGUGUUGAGAUGCCAUGAUCAAAGAGCAUUCCCCGCCGAGACCCACGUUCACAUCAAGAAUCCCAUCCCUCUCGGCCGUGGGCUUGGUUCUUCCGGAGCAGCUGUUGUAGCUGGCGUGAUGCUUGGCAAGGAGGUCGGGGGGCUUGACCUGAGCAUGGAACGCCUUUUCGACUUUUGCCUGAUGAUUGAACGUCACCCUGACAAUGUCGGCGCUGCUCUCUUCGGAGGUUUUGUCGGCACGUACCUCAAGCCUCUCGCACCGGAAGAUGUCGCGAGAGUUGAGAUCCCACUGGCUGAGGUACUACCGGCACCAGCAGGAGGUGAGGACACUGGGAAACGUCCCCCGGAGCCACCGCAUGGCAUCGGCCACCACAUCAAGUUCCCCUGGAGCAAGGAAAUAAAGGCCAUCGCCAUCAUUCCUCAGUUCCAAGUACCCACUGCAAAGGCGCGUGAGGUUUUGCCAACACAUUAUCCUCGCCAGGAUGUGACUUUCAAUUUGCAACGUAUCGCUCUUUUGCCUGUCGCAUUGGGCCAGUCACCACCAGACCCGGAGCUGAUCUACUUGGCGAUGCAGGACAAGUUGCACCAACAAUACCGCUCUACGCUGAUUCCCGGUCUACAAGAUAUCGUCGCAUCGAUGUCUCCUGACACCCAAGCGGGCCUGUUGGGAGUCUGCCUCUCUGGUGCCGGACCAACAAUCCUGGCACUAGCCUCGAGCAAUUUCGAGCAGAUCGCAGAUAGGAUCAUCAGCAGAUUCAAGCAGGAGAACAUCGAGUGCCAAUGGCAACUGCUCGAACCUGCUGAGGGCUGCAAGACCAUCAGGCAUUCUUGA